UGCGCCGCCUUCAAGCCUGCCAUGCCGCGUUCCGUGGUGGGAACAGCUUGCAUGUACUUUAAGCGUUUUUACCUCAAUAAUUCAGUGAUGGAGUAUCACCCUCGAAUAAUAAUGUUAACAUGUGCAUUCUUGGCAUGUAAAGUAGAUGAAUUCAAUGUGUCUAGUGCACAGUUUGUUGGUAACCUGCGGGAGAGCCCUAUAGGGCAAGAGAAGGCGCUUGAACAAAUCUUGGAAUACGAACUACUACUCAUUCAGCAGCUGAACUUCCAUCUUAUAGUACACAACCCGUACAGACCAUUUGAGGGGUUUUUAAUUGAUUUGAAGACUCGUUAUCCAGUGUUAGAAAACCCAGAAGUUUUGAGGAAAACAGCUGAUGACUUUCUCAAUCGAGUAGCUUUGACAGAUGCCUACCUCCUGUUUACCCCUUCACAGAUAGCUCUCACUGCCAUAUUAUCCAGUGCCUCCAGGGCAGGAAUUAAUAUGGAAAGUUAUUUAUCAGAAAAUCUUAUGCUGAAAGAAAACAGAUCUUCUCUAUCCAAGCUACUAGAUGGAAUGAAAUGCAUGAAAAAUCUCAUAAAGAAAUAUGAGCCACCUAAGCCUGAAGAUGUUGCUGCUCUAAAACAGAAGUUAGAGAAAUGCCACAGUUCAGAACUUUAUGCAAACUCAAAGAAGAGGAAAGGUUAUGAGGAUGAUGAAUGUAUUACGAAAAAACCAAAAAUGGAUGAGGAAGAAUGGACUGAUGAUGAUCUUGUGGAUACUCUGUAAUGACACUGAACACCCCUAGAAGAAUUUCAAGAAUUCAUUGUCAUCUACUCCAAGUGAAGUCUUAUUUGUAAAGACUUUCACUAUCAGCCAAUACUAUCUUGCACUUUUCCUAUUUAUAGUGAAAUUUAAAUGUGUUUAAGUACUUUGUAAUAAUAAAAGGAUUACUUUUUUUUAAAUUUAAA